AUGGAGAAAAGUAUAGAAGAGAAAGAGGAAUUCGACGAGUCUGAGAUUGAGUACACGAGCUACGCCGGCGAGCAUCACCUGCCGUUGAUUAUGUCACUAGUCGACCAAGAACUCAGUGAGCCUUACUCCAUCUUCACUUACCGUUACUUCGUCUACCUCUGGCCGCAGCUCUGCUUCCUGGCGUUUCACAAAGGUAGAUGCAUAGGAACCAUAGUCUGUAAAAUGGGAGAGCAUCGACAGACUUACAGAGGUUACAUCGCCAUGUUAGUCGUAAUCAAACCUUAUCGUGGCCGAGGCAUAGCUUCAGAGCUUGUGACAAGAUCAAUAAAAGUGAUGAUGGAAUCAGGUUGUGAAGAGGUAACGUUGGAGGCGGAAGUGGAUAACAAAGGAGCGUUGGCUCUAUAUGGGAGGCUAGGGUUCAUAAGAGCCAAACGGCUACACCACUAUUACUUGAAUGGGAUGGAUGCUUUCCGGCUCAAGCUCUUGUUCCCUCUUAAGCCUCGUCUACCUCAAAUAGCUUCUCAAGAUCAAACCCAGCAAGAGCAAGAGAAUUUUACUGCAUAA